UCUCUCUCUCUCUCUCUCCCGGCCUUGGUCUCGGUGUUCCGCAAGGCUCCAACUUGGAGAGAGGUCCCAUGCUCUCCCUCUCUCUCCUCUCCUAGGGUUUCCCGGUCCCCCUCUGCCAGAGAUUUACCCUUCACCUCGAGCUGGUCGCGAGUGGGAUUUUAGUGUGUACAAUCAGCGGGAGGGCGGUCGGUCGGUCGGUCAGUCAUGUGAAUUCUGGAUCCCCCGAGGUUAGGGUUUAUCGGAGGUGAGGUGACUAGGGGUUAAUCUGCCACAAUGCCAGCUCGCAGAUCGAAAUCGGAGAAGCAGGAUGCCGCGCAGCAGCUCCGGCGGGAUCCUUACGAGGUCCUUGGCGUCUCCAGGAACUCCACCGAUCAGGAAAUCAAGAGUGCUUACAGGAAGAUGGCUCUCAAGUACCAUCCUGACAAGAAUGCAAAUGAUCCCAAAGCUGCGGACAUGUUCAAGGAAGUCACUUUUUCCUAUAACAUCUUGUCUGAUCCAGACAAGCGACGCCAAUAUGACACCGCUGGUUUUGAGGCCGUUGAAGCCGAAAGCCAGGAACUAGAGUUAGAUCUUUCAAGUCUGGGUGCAGUAAAUACGAUGUUUGCAGCACUUUUUAGUAAACUUGGAGUACCUAUUAAGACCACUGUAUCUGCAACAGUCCUAGAGGAGGCACUCAAUGGGGUAGUCACGGUUCGCCCACUUCCAAUUGGACAACCCGUCUCCAAAAAGGUUGAAAAGCAAUGUGCUCACUUCUAUUCUGUCACAAUAACAGAGGAGGAAGCACGGGCUGGCUUUGUGUGCCGAGUGCACUCUGCCGAGAAAAGCAAAUUCAAGUUAUUGUAUUUUGAUCAGGAAGACAAUGGUGGAUUAAACCUUGCAUUGCAGGAGGACAGCACAAAAACCGGCAAGGUUACAUCAGCAGGAAUGUUCUUUCUUGGAUUUCCUGUUUAUCGGUUAGAUCAAACAGCCAACUCGUUGUCUGCUGCAAAGGAUCCUGAUGCUGCCUUCUUCAAGAAAUUGGAUGGGUUCCAGCAAUGCGAAAUAACCGAAUUGAAGCCUGGGAUGCAUGUGUUUGCUGUCUAUGGUGAUAAUUUCUUUAAAAGUGCAAGCUACACAAUUGAAGCCCUCUGUGCUGCACCUUUUACUGAAGAAAAGGAUCAUCUCAGAGCUGUGGAGGCUCAGAUUCUUACAAAAAGGGCAGAGUUGUCAAAGUUCGAGAGUGAAUAUAGAGAGGUGCUAGCACAGUUCACAGACAUGACAAGUAGAUAUGCACAAGAAAUGCAAGCGAUUGAUGAGCUACUAAAGCAGAGGAACGAGAUUCAUGCCUCGUACACUUCCUGUCCGCCAUUGAAGAGGAGCAUCAGUAAAAACAAGAGCAAGACUUCCCCCAAGGAAUCCAAGGAAGAUGCUCAGACGAGAGAGAGGAGAAAUUCGACAAGGGACAGGCCUAGGAAGAAGAAAUGGUACAACCUCCAUUUGAAGGUCGAUAAGAGGAAGCCGUGCCAGUAAAGUAAGAGUUACCACUCGAAUGUUUCGAGAGAAUUUGGGAAUGAGCUGGCUAGCUAUAUUCGGAUCACCCUGUUGUUGAAGUUUUUGUUCAACUGAACUUGGCACCUGUGGAUAAUCGAAGUCGGGGUGGGAGAAGAUAAGAUGCUUCUGCCGGUGAAGUCGUCCGGCUAUCAGAAGGAUGUUUCAUUAGCUUUAGUAUAUUUAAGAAGUGACAACCACUCAUUGUUAUUGUAAAAAGGAAGUCUUCUUUUUUCUUUUUGUUUCCUCUCUACGUUCAUUCUGUUAAUUUGUUCGUCUUGAUAUUUAUUAUCAGCAGAUUUACAAUGAAAUUUGCAGUUAUUCAUUCA